CAGUGCAGUUCACAUGAAGAGGCUUCAUAGGAAUCACGACGACGAAAGCUUCUCAGAUUUGGACAGUCGAUCCUCCUCAGUUUCCAUAAGGAAAAGCUCCUUUUUCAGUUUGACGCGCCUCAUGUCUUUCUUUCUUGUUUCUCUCUUUCUUUUCUCACUCUCCUUCCUUCUUCGUCACGAUGCUGUGCCCCAUUCAUCUCCAACAACAACAACAACUUCUAUUCUGCAACUCAAACAAACUCAACAAGGUUUGAACAGUAAUGCCUCUGAUUCUAUUGAGUUGCUAAAUGAUAAACUACUCGGUGGCCUUCUAACAGCUGGGUUUGAUGAAAGAUCUUGUCUAAGUAGGUAUCAUUCAGUCGCAUAUCGCAAAGGAUUAUCAGGAAAUCCUUCUUCUUACCUCAUUUCUAGAUUAAGAAAAUACGAAGCUCUCCACAAAGAAUGUGGACCUUCUACUAAAUCCUAUGAAAAAAUGGUGAAAGAUCUUAGGUCUGGUCAUUUAAGUGAGUCCUCAACUUGUAAAUAUGUAGUAUGGAUUUCAUAUAGUGGGUUAGGAAAUAGGAUAUUGACCUUAGCUUCUGCAUUUCUUUAUGCUCUCCUCACAAACCGUGUUCUAUUGGUUGAUCCUGGAGUUGAUAUGAUCGAUCUCUUUUGUGAACCAUUUCCAGAUGUGUCCUGGUUUCUUCCUCCUGAUUUUCCUCUUAACAGUAAAUUAAAUAAUUUUAAUCAGAAAUCUGCUCAAUGUUAUGGAAAAAUGCUGAAAAAUAAAUCAAUUACAAAUGCCACUGUGUCACCUUUUAUCUACCUUCAUCUAGCCCAUGACUAUGAUGAUCAGGAUAAGCUUUUCUUCUGUGAUGAAGACCAACAUUUUCUCCAGAAAGUACCUUGGUUAGUGGUGAGAACAGAUAAUUACUUUAUCCCAUCUCUAUUCUUGAUGCCAUCUUUUGAGCGGGAACUGAGUGAACUCUUUCCAAACAAGGAAACAGUUUUCCAUUUCUUAGGUAGAUAUCUGUUCCGCCCCACGAACAAAGUAUGGGGACUUGUUAUCAGAUACUAUCAAGCUUAUUUAGCUAAUGUUGAUGAAAGAGUAGGCAUCCAGAUUAGAGUGUUUGACACUGGAACUGGGCCAUUUCAACAUGUAUUGGAUCAGAUCUUAGCUUGUAUUUUGAAGGAGAAUCUUUUGCCUGAUGUUGACCGGAAGCAGGAUAUUAUUAGUUCAUCAGGAAAGCCAAAUUCAAAAGCUGUGCUGAUGACAUCCUUAAGCACUGGUUAUUUUGAAAAAGUAAGAGACAUGUAUUGGGAAUAUCCUACCGUGACAGGAGAAGUUGUUGGCAUUUAUCAGCCAAGCCAUGAAGAAUAUCAACAAACAGAGAAGCAGAUGCACAACCAAAAAGCUUGGGCAGAAAUGUAUCUUUUGAGUUUAACUGAUGUGUUGGUCACUAGCUCAUGGUCUACUUUUGGCUAUGUGGCGCAGGGGCUUGGAGGUUUAAAACCAUGGAUACUUUACAAACCUGAGAAUGAAACAGCCCCUGAUCCUCCUUGUCAACGUGCCAUGUCAAUGGAGCCGUGUUUCCAUGCUCCUCCCUUCUAUGAUUGCAAGGCUAAGAGAGGAACUGACACAGGUGCACUUGUUCCACAUGUAAGGCACUGUGAGGAUAUGAGCUGGGGUCUUAAGCUUGUAGACAAUUAUGGUUAGCUUGUUCCCCAUGACUGUCAAAACUUGCUUAGAUUGUUGCAAAUUUUGUUGUGCGAUAGAAUUAA